GGCCAUGGCUGCGCCGUGGGAAGACGUCCUGCGGAACAAGCCGGCCAUCCAGGAGGCCGCGUCGGUGGCUGUUGACGCGGCGCUUCUGGAAGGCGUCCUGAUGCGGACCGAGGGGGAGCCCAACGCGUCGGAUGUGGUGAAUUAUGCUCCCUUAACGCUGCUCCCAUCCGCAGUACCAAGUGCCCUGUUUGAACAAGCAUACGCUGUUCAGCAAGAUUUUAACCUGCUGGUGGAUGCUAUUAGUCAAAACAAAGAAUUCCUGGAGCAUACUCUGGCCAGCACCAUCAAGGUAGAUGACUUCACAGCUCAACUCUUCAGAAUCCACAUGCAAGUUUUGGAGGAAGGCUUGGCUCAGUCUGUGUUUUUAGGCAUAAACCGCUCUGAUUACAUGUUUGACUGUGGGGUGGAUGGGACUCCAGCUUUGAAGCAGAUAGAAAUAAACACCAUUGCUGCCAGCUUCGGAGGCCUCACCUCCCGUACUGCAGUGGUCCACGGGCGGGUAUUGAAAGUGCUGGGAAAGUCUAAGGAGGCAUCGCGCCUGCUGCCCAACAACCCAUCAAAAGGGCUUGCCUUGGGUAUUGUGAAAGCCUGGGAGCUCUACGGUUCUCAAAGUGCUGUGGUGAUGUUUCUGGUGGAGGAAGUCCAGAGGAACAUUUUUGAUCAGCGAUGUGUGGAAAAUGAGCUUUGGAACAGGAAUAUUCGGGUCAUCAGGAAGCGAUUCAGAGAUGUGUUUGAAAAGGGGUCUCUGGAUGAUGCCAAGAGGCUGUAUAUGGACGGCCAGGAGGUAGCAGUGGUGUACUACAGAGAGGGCUACGUGCCAAAGAACUACGACCAGCAGAACUGGGAGGCACGGUUGUUGCUGGAGAGAUCGAGGGCAGUGAAGUGCCCUGACAUUGCUACCCAACUCGCAGGCACCAAGAAGGUCCAGCAGGAGCUGAGCCAGCCAGGGAUGCUGGAGAGAUUACUGCCCGGCCGUGCCGAGGCUGUCACUCGAAUACGAGCAACGUUUGCUGGACUCUAUUCCCUGGAUGUGGGUGAAGAGGGUGACAAGAUAGCCGCUAUGGCUAUCGCUGACCCCGACCGGUUUGUGCUGAAGCCACAGCGAGAAGGUGGAGGGAACAAUCUCUAUGGUGAAGAGCUCAGGCAGGUUCUGGAGAAGAUCAGAGACAGCCCUGAGAGAACCUCCUACAUCUUGAUGGAUAAGAUCAAACCACAGCCAUCAAUGAAUUACUUGCUGAGGGCUCACAGUCCCCUGCAAGUGUCCGAGUGCAUCUCAGAGCUCGGUAUUUUUGGUGUCUAUGUCAGACAGGGCAAAGAGAUGGUGAUGAACGAGGUUGCCGGCCACCUCCUGCGGACGAAGGCGAUCGAGCAUGCAGACGGCGGGGUAGCCGCUGGGGUGGCGGUGCUGGACACUCCUUACUUGGUGUGAGGAGGCGAUGCCCCAUCCCGCCCACCUCGCUCUGCUGCCCGAAGAGCUGAUCUGCCGCAGCGAUGUUCUCCCUAGGGUGCGCUUACCAAGGUCUGACGUGUUGGGGACUGUGAGGAGGGACUGUGUGGACACAACUGCUCAAACACCCUGUGUGCCAGCCCCAGCUUCUCCUCUGCAAUUCCUCCUGCAGGAAGAAGGGACUCCCUUGCGCUGUCUGCCCAGGGGGCCUGGCCCUGUGCGCAUCCCAGCUGUGAUCUCCCAGCACGGCAUUGGCCUGGGUGUUUCCUCCGGGUCUAGCCUGCGGGCAGGGGUACAUACAGCAAAGCUGAAGGGUGAAUGUGCCACAACAGGCACUUGCGCUGGUCCUAGUUUUGUGCUCCUUGAUGCUGCGUUAGAGACACACAAACCGAAAGCCUGGGGACUGGGAGGAGAAAGGUGUAUGUGUAAGUAACAGCCUUAAUCUGUGGGAUGUGCCUUCAUCAGUGCCUCUGUGCUUUCCAGGUUAAAGAGGGGAGCCCAGCUCCACAUGCCUGUGGCCUCUCCAGCCCUCCUUCAGGUGCUGCUGCUGCCCUGAUUUCGACUUUGCCCUGCACCUGAGGCAAGGGACAGCUGCCCUGAUGUAAUUUGCCGAGGGCCUCUUGCUUGCUUUUGCUUGCCCAACUCCUGCUUUGCUGGACUGGGUACUCAUUCCAAAUAAUGCCCCUGUGCUACACAAGGCAGGCCGCAGUGCAGAGUGCAUCUGGCAGGCCCUGUCCUCCCCAGGGGAGGGCUGCAGCUGCUCCUGUUGUCUCUUGCAGCCAUGUCCAACAGAUCCCCACAGGGAUCCCUCAAUGAUGGUGGCAGAUCCAGCAUGAUUGGAGCCUUGUGUCACAGGCAGUGUGUCCAUAAACCCCGAAUCCCCAAGGGUGCAUGUCGUGCACCAAGCAUCUGCCCAUAUGGCCCAAGAGUGGUGUCAGGGAGCCCUGACCUGGGUAAUGGUGCUGCUGGGACUGGGAGCUUUGCAGCAGGGAAGUGACAGAAUUGCAGGAGAGGCUGAGUGAGUGCAGCCCCAACUGCCAAGCGCUUCACUCUGGGACUGGCACUGGCGGAGAGUGAGAUGUGGCUCCCUCCAGGUUUCAUAGAAUCAUAAAUCAUUUAGGUUGGAAGAGAAAUUUAAGAUGAGCAAAAGUCCAACCAUAAACCUAACCCUGAAUGAAUCAGUGGGAACAGCGCAGCAGUGGAGGCAUCUAGAGGAGUGCAGGCUCUCCAUCCCCACCUCAGCCGAGCAGUUCAAGGGGAGACAUAAGAGAUGUACCUUUCUGGCAGUGCCCUGGUAAAGCACCCAGGCAGCCUCAGCUCUGCCCUUUUAGUGACACCAGAGAGAAGCAGCGUAAAGCCACUAUUUCUGAAGAAUGAAUGUGCUGAUUGACAGACCUGCAGCCUGUGCAGCGGCGCUGCAUGCUUCAAUCAUCAAUCUGUCACCUUGGAAAGAUUUCAGCUCUGUAAGUGUGACUGAUCCUGUGAUUCCUGGGUAGUUGUUUUGUUGGGGGGGAGUCGAUUACCCUCAGCCAGAGAUUAAAAUGUACAUGCAAUCUGAA